GCCACAGUGCACGGCACAGGCAGAGGAUGAGCCACAGCCACGCAGCAGCCCCUGGAGGGAUAGGCUCGCCUAUUUUUAGCUAAUCCUGUUUCGGCGAGGUCGUGCUCUCUACCGUCCCUGAGACGGAGCAAUCGGAGUUAAGCGCGGCUCGCGUGGUGUGUCGUCGCGCAAGAGGGGGGCUGGCAAGGGAUGCAUUCGCAUGUUUGACCGUUGACGGACAGGCUGACCGGGGCUCUUCUGGGAUGUUUCUGGCAUGGCGGCUUCUCCUCACCUCGGCGCACGAGACCUGCCCCGCCGGAGACCCUCUCUGUGACUCACCUAUGUAGCCUUGAGGACCACAGCCAACAUCAGCCAAAAUGAGAGAGUGGGCUUACAGGAAUCAUAUGAAAAUGGCUUUCUACUUAUCCAAGUCCCGUUCUAUGGAGUCAAGCGACUUAUAUCCCUGAGCAAUACCAGCAGUUUAUGGGAAAUACCGGAGUUUGCCUGUGAGGAUUUUACUUGCCUUUUUGGUAAAGCCUCCCUCCACCAACCUUGAGUGGUGCACUGCAGAGGAGACAUGGCCACCAACUCGCUCCGUGGCUCAAAGCGCGGCCGACACUCGCAGGCCAAUCACGAUGUUGGAGAUUUCAACUGCACGCUCAAGGAGCUGCGCUCCCUCAUGGAACUCAGGGGAACCGAGGGAAUAGCUCGAAUCCAGGAAUGUUACGGAAGUGUCCAAGGACUCUGUACAAGAUUAAGAACAUCACCUACCGACGGGUUAGCUGGCCAUGCUGAUGACAUUGCCAGAAGGAAAGAGGAGUUUGGACGGAACGUUAUACCUCCAAAAAAGCCAAAAACCUUUCUUCAAUUAGUGUGGGAAGCAUUACAAGAUGUGACACUAAUAAUCCUAGAAGUGGCAGCCAUAAUUUCAUUAGGCCUUUCUUUUUAUAGACCUCCAGAUGCCGAAAGAGAAAAUUGUGGGAAGGCCGCGGGUGGGGUGGAAGAUGAGGGGGAGGCGGACACGGGCUGGAUCGAGGGUGCAGCCAUCCUACUGUCUGUUGUCUGCGUGGUCCUUGUGACGGCAUUCAAUGACUGGAGCAAAGAGAAGCAAUUCCGCGGUUUGCAGAGCCGCAUCGAACAAGAGCAGAAGUUUUCGGUGGUCCGAGGAGGCCAAGUCAUACAGAUUCACGUGGCUGAGAUCGUAGUGGGUGACAUUGCACAAGUGAAAUAUGGUGACCUUCUUCCUGCUGAUGGUGUGCUGAUCCAAGGAAACGAUUUAAAAAUCGAUGAAAGCUCUCUUACAGGUGAAUCUGACCAUGUCAAGAAGACGUUGGACAGCGAUCCCAUGCUGCUGUCAGGUACCCAUGUCAUGGAAGGUUCUGGGAAGAUACUGAUCACAGCGGUAGGUGUCAACUCCCAAACUGGCAUUAUUUUCACCUUGCUUGGAGCUGAGGAAGAUGAAGACGACAAUGAUGAAGAAAAAGCAGAAAAGGAAAAGAAAAAGAAGGAGAAGGAGGAAGAGAAGAAAGAGAAGGAAAGGAUAAAGAAAGAGAAGAAAGAAAAGAAAGAUAAACUGGACAAGAAAAAUAAAAAAGACGAAAAAAACAAGAAAGGUAAGUCUCUGGAUGGAGCAGGCGUGGAGAUGCAGCCCCUCAACAGUGACGACGGAGUAGAGGAGAAGAAGAAAUCCAACUUACCAAAGAAGGAGAAAUCUGUGCUCCAGGGGAAAUUGACCAAAUUAGCAGUGCAGAUUGGCAAAGCAGGCCUGUUCAUGUCAGGACUGACAGUCAUAAUCCUGAUAACACUGUUUAUGGUGGACACAUUCUGGAUUCAAGGGCUACCAUGGAUUGCGGAAUGCACACCCGUCUACAUUCAGUUCUGCGUCAAGUUCUUUAUCAUUGGUGUAACCGUGCUGGUGGUGGCUGUGCCUGAAGGUCUUCCCCUAGCCGUAACCAUCUCACUGGCAUACUCUGUCAAAAAAAUGAUGAAAGACAACAAUCUGGUGAGGCACCUGGAUGCCUGUGAAACCAUGGGGAAUGCCACAGCCAUCUGCUCGGACAAGACAGGGACAUUAACUAUGAACAGGAUGACUGUAGUCCAGGCUUAUCUGGGAGACAGGCACUACCGGAAGGUUCCUGAGCCUGACCUCAUCCCAGGAAAAAUCUUGGACCUGCUUAUUAUGGGCAUUGGAGUCAAUUGUGCUUACACAUCUAAGAUCAUGUCUGCUGAGAAGGAGGGAGGACUGCCACGCCAAGUAGGCAACAAGACCGAAUGUGCCUUGCUAGGCUUUGUCUUGGAUCUGAGACGGGACUACAUGACAGUUCGCAACGAGAUUCCAGAGGAGAAGCUCUUUAAGGUCUACACCUUCAACUCGGUCAGGAAGUCCAUGAGCACUGUGCUCAAAAAAGCAGAUGGGGGCUACCGCAUGUUCAGCAAAGGAGCCUCAGAAAUACUCCUGAAGAAGUGUUGUAAGAUUAUGUCAUCGAACGGGGAGCCCAAGGUCUUCAAGCCCAGAGACAAAGACAACGUGGUGAAAAAUGUGAUUGAGCCCAUGGCCUCCGAGGGCCUGAGAACCAUCUGCCUUGCCUACAGGGACUUCCCCUUGGUUGACGGUGAGCCUGAAUGGGACAACGAAGCAGACAUUCUCACCGGCCUCACAUGUUUGUGUGUGGUGGGAAUCGAGGACCCUGUACGGCCAGAGGUCCCUGAUGCCAUUAAGAGGUGUCAGCGAGCAGGCAUCACUGUGCGGAUGGUCACGGGGGACAACAUCAACACGGCUCGGGCAAUCGCCAGCAAGUGUGGCAUAAUGCACCCCGGAGACGACUUCCUCUGUAUAGAUGGCAAAGAGUUCAACCGACGAAUACGAAAUGAAUUGGGAGAGAUUGAGCAAGAGCGCAUUGAUAAGAUUUGGCCCAAACUCCGUGUGCUUGCAAGAUCCUCCCCCACUGACAAACAUACUUUAGUGAAAGGUAUAAUUGAUAGCACUGUAGCAGAACAGAGACAAGUUGUUGCCGUAACAGGAGAUGGUACUAAUGACGGCCCUGCCUUGAAGAAAGCUGAUGUUGGAUUUGCCAUGGGUAUUGCAGGCACGGACGUGGCCAAAGAGGCUUCAGACAUCAUCCUGACAGACGACAAUUUCAGCAGCAUUGUCAAGGCAGUGAUGUGGGGCCGGAAUGUCUACGAUAGCAUCUCCAAGUUCCUCCAGUUCCAGCUGACAGUCAACGUGGUGGCUGUUAUUGUGGCCUUCACUGGAGCUUGCAUUACACAGGACUCUCCUCUUAAAGCUGUCCAGAUGUUGUGGGUAAAUCUGAUCAUGGACACCUUUGCCUCUCUGGCUUUGGCCACUGAGCCCCCCACAGAAGCUUUGCUGCUGAGGAAACCAUACGGCCGGAAUAAGCCCCUCAUAUCCCGCACCAUGAUGAAAAAUAUUCUGGGCCAUGCUGUCUACCAGCUCAUAGUUAUCUUCACCCUACUUUUUGCUGGGGAGAAGAUUUUCGACAUUGACAGUGGGAGGUAUGCGCCACUCCACGCUCCUCCCUCUGAACAUUACACCAUUGUCUUCAACACCUUCGUCAUGAUGCAGCUCUUCAAUGAGAUCAAUGCUCGCAAGAUCCACGGCGAGCGUAACGUCUUUGAUGGCAUAUUUAAAAACAUGAUCUUCUGCUCCAUUGUCUUCGGAACAUUUGUCAUCCAGGUUCUGAUAGUGCAAUUUGGAGGGAAACCUUUCAGUUGUGUGGACCUCACCGUUGACCAGUGGCUUUGGUGUGUUUUCUUGGGCUUUGGAUGUCUUCUAUGGGGCCAGGUGGUCACCACGGUCCCCACCAGUCGGCUAAAGUUCCUGAAAUCUGCGGGUCAUGGCACACAACAGGAGGAGAUCCCUGAGGAGGAGCUGGAAGAGAUGGAGAACCAGGAUGAGAUUGACCAUGCUGAGAUGGAGAUGAGGAGGGGACAGGUGCUCUGGUGCAGAGGCCUGGGCAGGAUCCAGACUCAGAUCCGUGUGGUGAAUGCUUUCCGAGACACCAUGUCCCCCUACGAGGGCCUGGAGCCCCCUGAGUCCCGCAACUCAAUCCACAACUUCAUGACCACCCCGGAGUUCAGGAUAGAAGACUCAGAGCCGCAGUUCCCCCUCAUCGAUGACACAGAGGGCGAGGACGAACCCCCAACAAAACGCAAUUCUGAGGAGACCAUGCCCCCACAUUCCACCCUGGCCACCUUCCCAUCCUCGCCCAACCAGAACAAUAACGCAGUGGAGAGGAUCAUUCCACUCCACAAGGAGAGCCCAAAGACUAGCGGGAACCCCCAGAGUACCGUGUUACCGCCGUGCCCUGGGAGCCCGAUGCACAGUUUGGAGACCUCUCUCUGAGCUAGGCCCUAGUACCAGUACUGUCCAACCCACCUAAGUCCACUUAACAAUACCAAAACAUGGUUAGAGAGGCUUCUGGGAAUUGGCUGGGAUUGGAAUUGAGGACUUCAGAUAUUUCAGCGGCCUCAUUGGUUUCUGUCUCUUCUAUAUAUUUGCUAUAUGUUUGGGCCCUAAACAUGAUUUUGGGGUAUUUUGUCAAGGGAAGAUGCACAUUUUGAGUGAAUAAAUGCUAGAUUAAAUUUUAAAAGGAAUAGAAUGAGCGGGGAGGCUGCAUUGUAUUGCUGAACAUCAGCAUUACUUAAAUUAUUAGUACUAAAUAAUUCAUGCAUUGGCUAUUUUAUAUUUUUACAAUUUUAUUCAUGUUGUGAAAGACAUGUUUACACGUUUGUGAAACUUUUAAUUGUCAGUGAAAGACCUACCUAUUAACAUGUAUACAUUUGGGCUGAAUACUGUGAAAUGAAAAAAUACAGUAUUUUAGAUAUUGCUGUCUUUUAGGAGAAAAGGGAGGUUUCUGUUGAAACUGAGCUAUUUUGCCUGCAGGUUCUAUUUAGGAUUGAUUUCUCUAGGUACAUAGAAAUAUCUAGCAAAAUAGAAAGACUUUGUAGAAACAUGCAUAAGAAAGUGGUUUUAUGGUCUGUUAGGCAAAGUCAGAAUAUAACUGGAAAAUGUCCACAAAUAUACAAUUUCACACUGUAAAUAUUCACUUUUUCCCCACACUGUUCUAAAAGAAAUAUUUCUUGAAAGGUUAUUGAAGCUCAUAUUGUCAGUUCUUUGAAUCUAGACAAUCAGAAGCUGUGUUAAAGGAGAAGAUUACGGAUUGUAAAUGAAGACAUUUUAAAUGAAGAGUAGGUUGCUAUCAACUCAAUUACCUAAUUCAAAGACAUACAGUGUUUUGUAUGACCAGGGUGGUAUUUCACAACAUAGGGUCAAUGGGUUCCCCCAGAAAACUGAAAUUAACUGAAUCAGUUGAUGCCCAUUUUAUUUUCAUCACAGUUGUGAACUAAUCAAGGACAGUGGGGUUAUUGUUUAAAACUGAUUAACAUUCUGAUUCUGCUUUGUGAAAUACCUUCCAGAAAACAUAGAAAAUACUCAAGACACAGAAGACUUUAGACGCUCAACACAGAGUAUUCACUGCACUACUAUAUACCUCCUUUAGGGAGACUAAUUUAGCUUAACAUGUUAUCUUAGAGAGAACUUCUUAGCUUUCAUCCCUCACAAAAGUUAGGGUAUUGUCAGUUGGGAGGCAGAGUUGUAAAGGAUUCAGGGUUGAAUUUUUGCAUGCCUAUGGCAAAAUUACCAUUGCAUUUUUACUGGUUUACCUAGAGCUUUUGAUAGAAUCAUAGGGUCCUGUGUCAUUGUGUGCUUUUCAAAAAAAGACGGAAACCUAAAAACCUGAUGCCAAAACCCAAAAUUGGUUAUGGGCUGUGGAGAUUUUUUUAUUUCAAAAGAUGGUUUUGUUUCAUUACACUCUAAAUAUGAAUGAUUCAAUUACAACAUUUUUCAGUGCAAGAACAAGGGGCUUUUUAUCUAAAGAUGGGUAUGAAUCAAAAUCCAAAGUACUAUAGGUGUUAACAUUGGGAGAACGUUUCCAUAAUCAUUUGUUUUUUCCUCAGUAGUUUCAUUCCGCAAUUGGGAAUUAAUGUUUAUCCAUCUCAUUAUGGAUUUUUUUUAUCUCAAUAUUUGGUAAUAAAGUACUCAUGUCUGUUUAUGUUGAGCAGUGUAAAUGGUUAUUGUGGUCAAUAUUCAUUUUUGAAAAAUUGUUGAGUAAAGUGUAUGGUUUUUGAAAAUAAAAGAUACAUAUUUAGCUUACCAAGA